UGGAGGAUUCCAGUCCACCCAACGACCCUGACCUGGUUAUGGCGUCUAGCUCCGGCCUGGCGUGAGGACCCCCGACCGGUGCGAGGGAGCCCCCAUCCCAGACCACACCCCUGAGCCUGAACCUGACACAUUCCUCAGAGUCCCUGCUCCAGUACCGAGUACCUGGCUGGGCCCUGGGCACGCACAGGGGUCGUAGCCCCACUGUGUGUGGGAGCCAUGAGGAUCCUGGCUAACAAGACAAGGUUACCCCACCCCAGGAGGAGAGAGGCUCCAGGGAGUCCGCCGCUGUCCCCUCGAGGCCACUGCCCCCCUGCCCCAGCCAAGCCAAUGCACCCAGAAAAUAAAUUGACCAAUCAUGGCAAGGCAGGGAAUGGAGGGGCCCAAUCCCAGCACCAGAAUGUGAACCAAGGACCCACCUGCAACCUGGGCUCCAAGGGCGUGGGGGCGGGGAGCCAUGGGGCCAAGGCCAACCAGAUCUCACCUAGCAACUCAAGUCUGAAGAACCCCCAGGCAGGAGUGUCUCCUUUCAGCUCACUCAAGGGCAAGGUGAAGCGGGAACGGAGUGUGUCUGUGGACUCUGGAGAACAGCGGGAGCCAGGAACUCCAUCCCUGGACUCGGAGGCCAAAGAGGUGGCACCCCGGAGCAAACGGAGGUGUGUCCUGGAGCGGAAGCAGCCGUACAGUGGGGACGAAUGGUGCUCUGGACCAGACAGCGAGGAGGAUGACAAGCCCAUUGGGGCCACCCACAAUUGUAAUGUAGCAGACACAGCCAUGGUGGCCCCACAGUUGGGUCCUGGCCAAACUGCCCAACUGCCCCUCAGUGACAGCAGUGCACCAGGCCCCCAACAUGGCCCCCCUCCAGGCCUUCGGCCAGACGUUCCUGGGGGCGGGGGCGGGGGCGGGGGCGUCCCAGGGAAGCCUCCAUCACAGUUCGUCUACGUCUUCACCACACAUCUGGCCAACACGGCUGCAGAGGCAGUACUGCAGGGCCGGGCAGAGUCCAUCCUUGCCUACCACCAGCAGAAUGUGCCCCGGGCCAAGCUGGAUCAGGCCCCUAAAGUGCCACCCACCCCAGAACCACUACCCCUGAAUACGCCAUCAGCAGGUACACCACAGUCCCAGCCACCUCCAUUGCCACCGCCACCCUCAGCCCCUGGCAGUGCCCCUCCUGCUCUGUCCCCGGAGGGGCCUCCUGAAGACACCAGUCAGGACCUGGCCCCCAACUCAGUGGGAGCUGCCAGCACAGGUGGUGGCACUGGAGGCACCCACCCUAACACCCCAACGGCUACCACUGCUAACAACCCUCUGCCUCCUGGAGGGGACCCUGCCAGUGCUCCUGGCCCAACCCUAUUGGGGGAGGCCACGCCCACAGGAAAUGGGCAGAGGAACCUGGUGGGCUCUGAGGGCCUGUCCAAAGAGCAGCUGGAGCACCGUGAGCGCUCCCUCCAGACACUGCGAGACAUCGAGAGGCUGCUGCUCCGCGGUGGGGAGGCCGAGCCCUUCCUCAAGGGGCCCCCUGGAGGAGCUGGUGAAGGAGGCCCGCCAGCACAAGCGCCCUCUGCCGGGCAGCAGCCUCCCUCCGCCCCUCCUGGGGGGUUGAAGAAGUACGAGGAACCUCUUCAGUCGAUGAUUUCCCAGACACAGAGCCUAGGAGGCCCCCCGCUGGAGCAUGAAGUGCCGGGGCACCCACAGGGUGGGGAUAUGGGACAGCAAAUGAACAUGAUGAUGCAGAGGCUGGGCCAGGACAGUCUGACGCCCGAGCAGGUGGCCUGGCGCAAACUGCAGGAAGAGUACUACGAGGAGAAGCGGCGGAAAGAGGAGCAGAUUGGAUUGCACGGGGGUCGCCCUGUGCAGGACAUGGUGGGAAUGGGGGGCAUGAUGGGGAGGGGCCCCCCACCUCCUUACCACAGCAAACCCGGGGAUCAGUGGCCCCCCGGAAUGGGUGCACAGCUCCGAGGACCUAUGGAUGUCCAAGACCCCAUGCAGCUCCGACCUGGACCUCCCUUCCCUGGCCCCCGUUUCCCAGGCAACCAGAUGCAAAGGGUGCCUGGAUUUGGAGGAAUGCAGAGUAUGCCCAUGGACGUACCCAUGAACGCCAUGCAGAGACCUGUAAGGCCAGGCAUGACCUGGAAUGAAGACUUGCCCCCUAUUGGGGGACCCAGCAAUUUCGCCCAGAAUGUUGUGCCCUAUCCAGGCGGGCAGGGUGAGGCAGAGCGAUUCAUGACCCCUCGUGUCCGGGAGGAGCUGCUGAGGCACCAGUUGCUGGAGAAGCGGUCGAUGGGCAUGCAGCGUCCCCUGGGCAUGGCAGGUGGUGGCAUGGGACAGAGUAUGGAGAUGGAACGGAUGAUUCAGACACAUCGACAGAUGGACCCUACCAUGUUCCCAGGACAGAUGACUGGAGGAGAUGGUCUGGCCGGCACUCCCAUGGGCAUAGAGUUCGGUGGAGGCCGAGGACUCCUGAGCCCUCCGAUGGGACAGUCUGGGCUGCGGGACGUAGACCCACCUAUGGGGCCGGGCAACCUCAACAUGAACAUGAAUGUGAACAUGAACAUGAACAUGAAUCUGAAUGUGCAGAUGACGCCACAGCAGCAGAUGCUGAUGUCACAGAAGAUGCGAGGCCCCGGAGACAUGAUGGGUCCCCAGGGCCUUGGUCCUGAAGAGAUGGCUCGGGUUCGGGCCCAGAACAGUAGUGCCAUGAUGGGGGGUCCGCAGAAGAUGCUCAUGCCUUCACAGUUUCCCAACCAGGGCCAGCAGGGAUUCUCUGGGGGCCAGGGACCCUACCAAGCCAUGCCCCAGGACAUGGGCAGCACUCCAGACAUGUUCAGCCCUGAUCAGAGUUCGGUGCCCAUGGGCACCGUGGGUACCGCCCGGCUCAGCCAUAUGCCUCUACCCCCUGCAUCCAAUCCUCCUGGGUCUGUGCACUCAGCCCCCAACAGGGGGCUAGGCAGGCGGCCUUCAGAUCUCACCAUCAGUAUUCAUCAGAUGGGCUCACCAGGCAUGGGGCAUCUGAAGUCACCCACCCUUAGCCAGGUGCACUCCCCCCUGGUCACCUCACCCUCUGCCAACCUCAAGUCACCCCAGACUCCCUCACAGAUGGUACCCUUGCCUUCUGCCAACCCACCAGGACCACUCAAGUCACCCCAGGUCCUCAGCUCUUCCCUCAGUGUACGUUCACCCACUGGCUCACCCAGCAGGCUCAAGUCUCCCUCCAUGGCCGUGUCUUCUCCGGGCUGGGUGGCUUCUCCCAAGACAGCCAUGCCUAGUCCUGGGGUCUCCCAGAAUAAGCAACCACCUCUCAACAUAAACUCUUCCUCUACCCUGGGCAACAUGGAGCAGGGUGCCCUCCCACCUAGCGGCCCCCGGAACAGCUCCUCGGCCCCUCCAGCCAACCCUCCCAGUGGCCUCAUGAAUCCCAGCCUACCAUUCACAUCCUCCCCAGACCCUGCGCCUUCUCAGAACCCUCUGUCACUGAUGAUGUCUCAGAUGUCCAAGUACGCCAUGCCCAGCUCAACCCCGCUCUACCACAAUGCCAUCAAGACCAUCGCCACCUCAGACGACGAACUGCUGCCUGACCGGCCGCUGCUACCCCCGCCCCCACCCCCGCAGGGCUCUGGGCCAGGUAUCAGCAAUAACCAGCCCAACCAGAUGCACAUGAACCCCACUGCUGCCCAGAGCCCCAUGGGUAUGAACAUGCCAGGCCAGCAGCCCCUGUCCCAUGAGCCUCCACCUACUAUGUUGCCCUCCCCCACCCCUCUGGGGUCCAACAUUCCACUGCACCCCAAUGCCCAGGGGACUGGGGCCCCUUCUCAAAACUCAAUGAUGAUGGCCCCAGGAGGCCCAGACUCCCUAAAUACCCCUUGCGGCCCUGUGCCCAGCUCUUCUCAGAUGAUGUCCUUUCCUCCUCGGCUGCAGCAACCCCAUGGUGCCAUGGCUCCCACUGGGGGUGGGGGACCUGGUCUGCAGCAGCACUAUUCUUCAGGCAUGGCCCUGCCCCCUGAGGACCUGCCCAACCAGCCACCUGGUCCCAUACCCCCCCAGCAGCACCUGAUGGGCAAAGGCAUGGCUGGCCGCAUGGGCGACACAUACCCACCCGGGGUGCUCCCUGGGGUGGCAUCGGUACUGAAUGACCCAGAGCUGAGUGAGGUGAUCCGGCCCACCCCUACCGGCAUUCCUGAGUUCGACUUAUCCAGGAUCAUCCCCUCUGAGAAACCAAGCAGCACCCUCCAGUACUUCCCCAAGAGCGAGAACCAGCCCCCCAAGGCCCAGCCCCCCAAUCUGCAUCUCAUGAACCUGCAGAACAUGAUGGCGGAGCAGACCCCAUCUCGGCCCCCCAACCUUCCAGGCCAACAGGGGGUCCAGCGGGGGCUCAGCAUGUCCAUGUGCCACCCUGGACAGAUGUCCUUGCUGGGCAGGACAGGUGUGCCCCCACAGCAGGGCAUGGUGCCCCACGGCCUGCACCAGGGGGUCAUGUCCCCUCCACAAGGCCUCAUGACCCAGCAGAAUUUUAUGUUGAUGAAGCAGAGGGGUGUGGGGAGCGAGGUCUACACCCAGCCUCCCCACAUGCUCUCCCCACAGGGCUCCCUCAUGGGCCCCCCACCCCAGCAGAACCUCAUGGUGUCCCACCCUCUGCGGCAGCGCAGUGUGUCUCUGGACAGCCAGAUGGGCUACCUCCCAACGCCGGGCGGCAUGGCCAAUCUACCCUUCUAGCAGGCCCCUCGGUCUGGGGCUGGGGAUACUGAAAAUAUGUUAACUUUAAAAAGUUUUGGUUUUCCUCCAGUGUUGGGAUGGAUGGCCUGGGUCCAGGGGUAGGGUGGAGGGGUGGGAACGGGCUUGUGUGGGGAGUGGUGUUUGUGGAAACGCGAUGUGCUGGCAGCUUAGGGGGAAGCGGCAAGUGUUGGUUGGGUGAGGAGUUGGAAUUGGGGUUUGCUCCAUUUCUGCCACCAGGACUGCUCCUCCUCUGCCCCCCUAUUCCUAUGGAGCUUCUAUUUCCCUUUGUCUUUGCACCUCCCCGCUUUCAGCUAUGUUUUGGGGGGUCCUCGGGGGGAGAGGAGGACUGUCAAACCUUGCCAGGGCUUCAGGUCCGUUUCUCUCUUCCCGGUCUCUGCUUUUACCCCGUUUUCCCUCUGCCUCAUUUCCUCUCCCUCCUGACGUGGCUGACCUCCUCUCGCGCGCCCCCUGCAGGCAGAUGGCCAGGCGGGCAGGUGCCAGCGGAGCUGUAAAUAGAGCUGCGCUUCUGUGCCGCUUUGUGCCGGUUUGUGCGUGUGCCGUAUUUCUGUGUUUUGAUAGGAGUCACACACAAGAAAAAAAAAAAAA